GUCUCCUACUUAAGUACCACCAAUCAGAUUCCGAGACUGAGGAUGGGCAUCUUCUCAUUCCUUCGUUCCUCAACCCAACCAACACCAGACUUAUUCGAGAAGGAACUAGUAGAACUCGAACUCAAGAUCCAAAAGCAUCAGGACAGACUCAAAGCCAUCGACCAGCGACAACGAUCGACUACCUCGACUAUCACGAUCUACUCAAGCCUAUUCUGGGCAAUCUACUCUUCACUAUGGUACUUGGGCUGGACACCCAUCAAAUGGACCAACCUCAACAGCAAACUACUCAGCCCAGACUCAAAAACACUGCUGCUGCUAUCAACCAACCCCAAAUUCAACCAAGCACUCCAAGUCCUACCCAUCAUACUCAUCCCCAUCGGACUCAUCUCCUUGCGUUGGCUCGUUCAAACCUGGUAUCAACGCAAACAAGAAUCUGAAAAACUGAGACUGCGUUUGCUCCAGAAACAACUAAGGGAUAAGGUCGAGGAACUUAAGAAGAAGACGGCUUACUACUCAACCAAGGAAUUACUCGAUCGAUAUGAUGAAAAAACUAAACUCAAUCCUCAAUCGUCCCCUAGCAAUCCCCAUCAACUCGGUCGAAUGACAAUGACGCCGCCUAAUAAUGAAGCCCUGAGACAUCGACAGCGACCGCCCUCAUCGAGCCCGGCGAAUCUAUCGAGCACCCUAUCGCCGAUCCAGAAUAACCAUCCUUCGCCAGCCUACCAGACCGGUCCACCAUCAACAGGAGCAACCUCCUCGGCCGCACACCAACAACUGCAUCAGAAGAUGAGCAACAGUCCGUCUCCUUCUAUCGGACGAGGAUGGGCCGAUCGGUUUGCCGAAGUCUUGCUCGGCGACGACGAGGCCCGGCCAGAGAGUAAAUACGCCCUCAUCUGUAUCAAUUGUUUUGCUCAUAAUGGCCUGGUCCGCCAGGAAGAACUCGAUCACAUACAAUACCUUUGUCCCAAAUGCGGCACUUUCAAUCCUUCGAAAAGCAAAGGUAUCCAUCAAAAACAUCCUAGCGGAACAGAAGCACAGACAGAGAACAGCCAAGGCAAGCGAGCGGGCAGGAAGUCGCUAGCGGAUUCGAUGAUCCGCAGGAAGCCGCCGAUCGAUGAUUUAUUCAAUGUGACUGAUUCGAGACGGGUUGUCAGUUCGGUGGUUGGCGUCCCCUCCACCUCCACCUCCUCCCUCUCUCUCGACCAAGCCUCUCCUCAUCCCGCGGGCUCGAACGGAGCCGUGAUGGAUGACCAGGAGGGUCAGCGCUCGGAUCAGGAGCCUGAUCGGCCUGACUCCUCCCUUGCUCAACUCCCUCGCGACAACGAGGAAGACCAAGUUCUCGAACUCGAGCAUCCCAUCACCCCUCCUGAUAUCCCCUCCGAAUCCUCAAAAGACCGAAAACUUAAGAAGAAAUCUUCUGGUCAGAAAGCUAAACAGCCCAAAUAACACUCAACCUAAAACACACAAAAAUAUAAAUAACGGAUUUGCUUAUCCAUUUUUUAUUUUUAUUUUUCCCCCGCUCAAACGCUACUACACACUAAUUUCUUUUUGUUUUUUUUUUUCUUUUCUUUGAUGUGUAAAUAUUCACCAAGAAAUUUCUUCAUUU